GAAAGAAAUAAACAUGCGUAAAAUUUAAAGCGUGACUUUCCAUGUGAAUGUUUAUUCGAAGGAUACAUUAGUUCGACUGUUAGAUAAAUCAUUUUAUUUAAUAAUUAAGAAAUGUCGACUGCUAAACUUGAGUUUGAUGUUGAAAUGACUUGUCAGUCAUGCGUUAAUUCAGUAGAGAGAGCUCUUCGGAAUUUGGAUGUAAAGAAAGUCGAGAUUGACUUGAAUAACCAACAAGUUGUGGUAGAAACCAGUCUUCCUUAUUCGGAGAUUCUACAUCACAUUGAACAGACCGGACGACGGGCAGUCUUGAAGGGUUAUGGAUCAAUUUCAGGUGGAGCAGCAGUAGCUGAAAUCUUUGGAAAAAAUGGCAUAAUGGGAAUUGUCAGAUUUGCACAUAUAAAUGAUAGCAGUUGUAUUAUUGACGGAACAGUUGAUGGCUUAAAGGGAGAACACGGUCUUCACAUAUGUGAAUUUGGAGAUUUGACAAAUGACUGUGAGAAUGUUGGAGGACAUUAUAAUCCGAGUAAUAAAAUGCAUGGAAGUCCAGAAGAUAAUGAAAGACAUUAUGGAGAUUUAGGGAAUAUUAGAGCAGAUAAAAAUGGAAGAGCAGUUUUUAGGAAAGAAGAUUCAACAGUGAAAGUGUGGGAAAUUAUUGGGCGCUCAUUAGUUAUCACAGAACAUAAAGAUGAUUUAGGAAGAGGAAACAAUGAGAGAUCAAAAAUUGAUGGAAAUUCAGGACAAAAACUAGCAUGUGGUAUUAUUGCAAGAUCUGCUGGACUUUUCCAGAAUCCAAAAAGAAUAUGUCUUUGUGAUGGUGUAUCUGUCUGGGAUGAAAGGGAGAAACCUGUUGCUGGAGAGAGCAGGGCAAAAUAUUAAUAGUUUAAUUAUUCAGUUGCUAUUAUGAAAAAUAUUAUUAAUUUCAGUUAUUUAUAUAUACAUAAUAAUAAAAGAUUUGAAAGUAUUAUUGUAAAUACUACACAAACUACUCAUU